CAGAGGGGAGGAAGGGAGGAAAAGAGUAGAAAAUGCACCACAAGCUCACUUCCUUGUUUGUCAUCUUAUUACUCUCAGCAAGAAAGUAUCGCAGACAGCAGAGGAUGUUGCUGCCCCUUUACUCCUGUUUUUGCUUUUAUGCAGUGUCUAGCAUGGCUUAUCAACCCAUGAAGCCAAAGUUCAUGUGCUGUUGUCAAAUGACAAGUUGUAUCACAGAAAGAGGAUGAACCAAAUGGGUUGGAAGGAAGUGGUGAAUGAAUUCUCCUUGAAGAAAGCAAUGUUCCAAUGGUGUGGCAGAAAAUGGUAGUUGGGAACCCUUGGGUGAACCUGGAGAAGUCUAUGCAACUGGGGGAUUUCCUACUUAACCUGUGUGCUCUGCAGAACCUGAUCUGCCUCUGAAGCUUUCUGGAGAGUCAAAGUUCUUGCAGUUGCUGUGAACAUUAAGCAGAGGACUAGAAAAACUUGAAGUUCCUCCAAACCUACACAAGAGGAGAGGAGUUUCCAGGGACUGAGGUGAGAGCAGCCAUGCACUUAGAGGGUACUGGCUUCACAGCAGAGAAAGUGUUGUGUACAAGUAGGAAUUUCUUGUAAUGCAGCUUGUCAUGCUGAAAGGAGAAAAGUUGCAUCUGCCAACAGUAGCCUAGCUGGCCUCUGCCUCUGAGGAUCCAAGUGCUGCUGAAUGAGUGCUGCUGCAUCUGGGGAUCCAAGUGCUGCUGAAUCAAUAUCAUACAGCAGAGAUAAAAAUCAAGGGGAAACAGUCUUUUCAUACAAGAAUAAAAAACAAAUAAACAGCAACAUUAAAGAAAGAUUUUUAAAUUUCUCUUAUCCAUGGUAUCAACUAGAGAGGAUUCUAGAAGGAGCAGCAGAUAUUUCAGUGUAUUCUGUUAUGCCUUUGGAAAAACAGAAGCUACUUCACAAGCUCAUCCUCCUGUAAUCAGGAAUGGCACUACCAUUUGCAUCCUCAGCUCUGACCGUUCCUGAGGCCUGGAGACUGGAGUAAGAAUGCUGAGAUAAUACCUAACAGGGGCUGAAUGAAGAAGUAAAGCAAUGAGUGUUUUGCAGCUAAUGUGGCUCCUUCUUCUUUGAGGAAGAUGCUCUCCUCUUCUGUUUAUUUCUCCCAGCUGCAUAAUACUGAAGUCCUCAGCUGAUUUGCAGGGAUGUCAGCUGCCAACAUCACUCCGUGCAAGGAUCACAGUGCCAGUCACCAACUGCACUUGGUUGGCUACAGCCUGAUCUUCAUUGCUGGUUUGCUGCUUAAUGUUGCUGCAAUUUGGAUCUUCCUGUACUACCUGAAACUCAAAUCAGUAGUGAGCAUCUAUAUGUUGAACUUGGCUGUGAGCGAUCUUCUUUUCACAAUAUCUCUGCCCUUCCGUAUUUACUUCUAUUACAUGGGGGAGUGGCCCUUUGGAACCAUUCUUUGCCAGAUCUCUGGCUCUGUCUUUCAAAUAAACAUGUAUGGAAGCUGCCUCUUCCUAACGUGCAUCAACCUGGACCGCUUUAUUGCUAUAGUUUAUCCACUACGCUGGCGCCAUCUCCGGCGCCCCAAAGUUGCUCGGCUGGUCUGCCUUGUGGUUUGGGUCCUUAUCCUGAUGGGCUCUGUGCCAGUUGCUGGAGUCCACAGAACAACUAAUUGUACCAGACAGAACACCUCCAUCAUUCUGUGUUUUGAAAGCUUUAGUGAUGGCCGGUGGCAGAAGGGGCUCUUCCCCCUGAUCAUUCUAGCAGAGAUCCUUGGCUUUCUCCUGCCUCUAACCUCUGUAACAUACUGCUCCAUCCGAAUUUUUCUGAAACUAUGCCAGGUUGAUAGCAUACAGAAUGUGCGCCAGCAGAAGACAAUCCGCAUGCUUGUGGUCAACCUGGUCAUCUUUAUUAUCUGCUUUGUACCCUACAAUGUCAUCCUGGCAGCCUAUGGGCUGAUAAAGGCUCGUGUAAUCCAGACUGAGCCAGAAAUGCGUGAUUCAGUGCGCCAAGCUCUUGUUGUCACUGUGGUGUUGGCCAGUAUGAACUGCACGUUGGACCCCUUGAUCUACUACUUCAACACAGAGGGAUUCCGAAAUACAUUAAAGAAACUGAGCAAGGGGCAAGCUUGGGACUCUGAAACUGGAACAGUUCACAUGCGGGUAACAGAAGAAAAGCCCUACAAGGCUACAGCUCGUGUUAAGCCAGGAGCCAAAAAAUUCCCAGUUCAGGACCUGAUCCUUCCCUCUGAAGGCUUGCCAUUUGCACCCCCUAAGUUAUUUUUGAACAGCCCCAUUGAAGACUCUGAAAUAUAAGGACGGAUGGGUUGUUAUAAUGGUAGUAACAGUAGUUACAAACAUUGCUUGCUGUAACUUUCUGAAAAUGUGAUGAAGCAAAAAUAUAAAAUAUCUUAGGACAAACCAAGAUAGUUUCAUAUAUUAAGAUUCGCCCCACCUUUUGUUGGAACAGUUUAUGUCAUCAUAAAAAUUAUCAUACUAAGAUGUGAUACCAGUGGUGUAACUAUUCUUUUCUAUGCCCACCUGAAGCUCCCAUUGUUUUUUAUGCACUACAGUAUCUGCAAAAUUGCCACUUGGAUGAGCUAAGAAAAACUGAGGAUUUUUAAGGGUCCUGCUGCUGCUGCAAAGUUGAAACUUCAUACUGCUCAGAUAGGCUGAUUACACUCUUUCUAUACAAAAAAUCCAUUCCUGGUUACUCCAGUGAUACCCGCUUAUUGCUUGUGACUAAAGUCUAUUUGUAAUAUACAUAACAAAAAUACAAAAGCACAAGCAGAUUCAUUUAUUAAAAUAGAAUUGAUGUUUUAUCUGCUUGUGGUUUUGUAUUCCAAGUGCAGUGUAAUUAAAGGUUGAAUGGAAGGAUAUUAUUUUUGUUGUUGCUCUAGUUAAACAAUUCAGAGUCAGAAAUCCCCAUUGAUCUAUGGCAGAUUACUCCAAGAUCUACCAGGUGAUCCAGCCAUACCUUCUAGCCACCUGUGAUCUAAUAUCACCAUUCUCUGUUUUUAUUGUAUUUAUAGUGGUGUGGGAGUUUUUAUGUCCAACACUGCCUGAAUGAGAUUUAAGUUAUUGCUCCCACACAGAGAAAAUGAAAAUAAUGUUGCAGCAGUACUCAAAUUAUAAGGGGCAGGGGAGAGGCAGCAUGAUAUAGGAGU